CCAAAUGUCGAGCUGGUCUCUGCUGAGCUGAUUCUGUGUUAAAGCCCUUUGUACCAGGACAAGUUUGCACAGUGAACGUUUGACUUGUGUAACACAACACAAGUCAAACUCUGCACCAACAAGCUAAUGCAGAUGCUAAUCCCAGAAAAGUGCUUUCUUUUUUCUCUGGAAUUUCUCCUGAGCCUUUUCCCUGAGAUCACUGCUCUUUCCUGCCUGAGGAGGAUACAGACACCUUUACAAAUCUGUGUAUGAACAUAGACCCUUUCUCCACCAAUAGAAGAGCAGCGCUGCGCCCCGGCCCCAGGCUCCAUGGCAGUGCAGCUGAGUGGAGCGAGGACAGAAGAGUGGACGAUGUCCAGAUGACACAGUCCAACUGUGCGGACAUAGCAGGAUGAACGGCUGACUGACCUCUCGUCCUUCCUCCCGUCGUUGCCCACCUGUCGCGCGUGCAGCCAUGUUGCUGAGGAGGAAGCUGUGCGUUGCUUUGCUGAUCGCCGCCAUCCUCUUCCUCAUGCUGGCCAGUCAGAGCAUCCAGAAGAGACACUUCCUGCCUCUGUCCUUGUCCCUGCCCACCUUCCAGGCCAUGCACGCCAGCCGGGAGACAGUGGUUGACCCCAAAGCGCCUCUUGCUGACCUGAACCCGGACCCACCGUUGACAGCCCCUCCUCCCAGAACCCCCCCGCCUAAGGACAAGGAGGAGCCUGCAGUCGACUCUCAGAAAGUCCUGAGGUCUUGUGGUUGUUCUGGUUCCUGUAUUUCAGACCCCGGGGAGUCCAUAUGGUUCAGCCAGCACUACGAUGCGAAACAACAGCCUGUCCUCCGAGACGCCAACAACAACCUGGACCCUGACGCGCUCAGGUGGUGGCUGGGUCUUCAACGGUCAGGUAACUCCCAAACUCUAGAGGAAGUGAUGUCAGAGAUGUUCAAGGUCAUUUCUUCACCCACCAUGGACUUCAAGCCCCUCCCCUCGCUCUGCCGUAGUUGUGCGGUGGUCGGCAACUCUGGCAACCUGCGGCAGUCCGGACACGGCGACCUGAUCAACUCCCACAACUCCGUGAUCCGGAUGAACAAGGCAGUGACUCGAGGGUUUGAGAAAGAUGUCGGGAGUCGGACGACGCAUCACCUCCUGUACCCGGAGAGCGCGGUGGACAUGGGGCAGGGAGAGAGCCUCGUCCUGCUGCCGUUCAAACUGAGAGACCUGGAGUGGCUGACCAGCGCCUUGUCCACCGGCCAGGUCAAAAUGACCUACAUGAGGGUUAAAGACAGAGUGGAGGCCGAUAAAGACAAGGUUCUGGUGAUGAACCCGGUGUUCUUUAAAUACGUCCACGAUCACUGGACCGAGCACCACGGACGUUACCCCUCCACCGGGAUGCUGGCCAUCAUCUUUGCUCUGCACACCUGUGACCAGGUGUCAGUGUUUGGUUAUGGCGCGGACAAACAGGGGAACUGGCAUCACUACUGGGAAGAGAACCGCGACGCCGGAGCCUUCAGGAAGACCGGCGUCCACAGCGCCGACUUUGAGAUCCAGGUCAUUCAACAGCUCGCCAAGGAAGGAAAGAUCAGUCUGCACCUGUGACACGACGACGACGACUGACCCGCCGACCGACAGACUGACCUGACUACAGAGAUUCACUGACGGCCCCAUCAACCCACAGAGCGAUGUGCUUCCUGACCACAGACCUGCAGGCCAGUGGACUGAACAACAGACCUGACCUGCAGACAAGCUGCUCUCAGACAUGCUCUGAACUCUGAGCGGCUCUAUGUGAGAACGCGAGUGUCCAAGACAACUUUUCCUGGCAGUCCACUAAUCAAAAGUCUGGAAAAUGUCAGGUGGAGAUCAUAUGAGUGAACAGCAGGACAAUUCCCAGUGAGCAAUUGGCCCCGUUACAUUUCUACCAUGAGAGGGACGCAAAACUCUGAUGCUGAAAUUUGGAAAGACAACGAGACGCGAGAGGUUUCGGCGAUGAGAACAAUGUUGACCUUUUUGUUAUUUCCACUUUCUACUUUAAACAUCAUGUCCGGCCUCCUGCUGCUCUACCCAGGCUCCACUCUCGCUUGAAUGUUGUCAUGAACGAGUCAGACCCAGAAAAUGUCCUGCUUUCAUCAUAUGUUAAAGACAAACUCCAGAAAAGGUCCAGACCCAAUUUGUACAAACCUUUUCCAGAGCUCUAUCUGAGAACGUCUCACCAAACAGACCUACUGAUCGACCCAUCAUCUGGCCGACAGACUUACAUGGGUCCUCCAGCUUUUUCAGACUGACGCCAGAUGUUUUGGAUCUGGAGAUAAACUGUGGACGGAGCUAAACCUGCUAGGGGGGGGGUGGGGGGGAUUGGAGACCCCACCCUGCAGCCUCACUUGAACAAACAGAACAGACAGUUCUUCGGGACCCUCCACUCUCCAUGCGACUGCGUGGAUCGCCCACACAUGUUUUGCUCUGAGUGGGGAAACAACCACAGACUUUUAUCCUUUUUAUUGGAUUUUAUAGACGUUAUACAGGGAGAACCUCUUUUUUUAAUCAAAGCACUUUGUCAUGAAGGAGUUAUGAAAGGAGGAGGCCGUGUUGAGUCGCCCUCUGUCCGACCACGAGAAGAGACCUGUUUUUAUAUAUCAUUUAUAAUCCAUCCAUUUAUUUUUAUUCUUUCACGAGCCGUCCUGACGUGGAGGAUCCUGUCAGACUGGAACAUCUGGAUCCCAAAGCAACGUCACUUCCUGUUGUUACCGGAUGUGGUCCUCAGCCUGUGGUUCUGAUUAUCAAACCACCGUCUGCAGGAUUUCCGCGGGCAGGAAUGUUUUUUAAGGAACAGACCAACUUUUAGUGAUAAUCAUAUUCUAACCACAGUUUUCUGCCUCCUGUAGAUAACAAAGUGGCAAAGCCAAAUAACAAGACUAACUGUAGAGAGCUGAAGACGUUUGUCUCGGUUCAGCUGAAGGGACAAAGACGAGGAGACGACUAAAGAUUUAUCAAAUAAACAUGACGAGGACAAAGUCAAACAAUCAGUUUCCAGUGAAUGUGGAUGCAGUGCAAUGUACUUUCAAAAAAAAGAGGAAAAUUUGAAGUCCAAACCAAAAACAAACCAACACAUGAAUGAAGAAGGACUGAGCAGUCCAGCGAGUAGCAGAGGAGUCGGGUCUCCUGACUGCUGCGCCUCCACCUCGCAGGAGAUCCCAGCAUGCAGAGCGGCGGCCUCUCCCCUCUACUGUGAAUGUACAAAAAUAAUAUCAGUCGUCUGAAUGUUUGUGGCUUUGUUUGCACUACGGAGAGUUUCAGGGCGUUUUCACACCGAGUUUGAUUCUGAAUCACAAAUCCCAUCGAGUUCAACUUUCACCCGCAAUAUAUGUAUAUAAGUCCCGUAUCUGUUUAUAAAGAUGGACGACGUGUCACAAGAUGGCAAACCCACAACUGGGAUUUUUUUUAAACUUAUCUCUAGUUUUGUUUUUAAAGAUGUGAUGCUGACGUCAUGAUUGAGAGCUGAGACUGACGCCACAAUCACUAAUGUGCCGAUUCAUGCUCCAAAUGACCUCGCUCAUCCAAGAUGGCCGGGGCCUGUAUCCAGGAUAUUUUAGCUUUGUCUAUCUUUAUUUACAAUCUAUGAGUUUCACCUGGAAGUUAGCAGUAGGACAAAGCCAGUUUGAAUUUGGUCUCAAGACUUGCACUGGUGUGUUACUUUGUGCAGAAUCAGAUGCUCUCAAAGAUGCUGGGAUAUUUGACUUUAAUGCGCUUUCUUUUGAGAAACACAGUUGCUUGUCUCUGGUGUUAUGUUUGUGCCACAACCAAAAUCAAAGAAUUCUGAUUGGCUGUUUGGUGUCAUGAGGGAGAGCAAAAGUUUAUUCGAGUGAAACUGCAUCAGAGGAGUUGUCAUUGCACGUUAAUAUGGAUAACGGUAAACAUGCAAAUUGGUUUCAUUGCGCACAGGAUAGAUUAUUGUAAAAAAGAAAAUAUUAUUUAUUUGGUUGCAUACUAUAUUUUCCUGAGCUCUAAAUUUCAAAUUGCUGGCUCAGGAAAGAGGCACAAAUAUAAGACUGGACUUGUCCUGGUGAUAAAACAGGUUUAAGCUUCAUGGGAAACUAUCCUAUCGUGCGAACAACCCUUCUAAUGGUGAUGUUUGUUUGACAAAUCUGUUUCUGGAUUUCAGAAUCAACUCAUUGUGGAGUUUUAUUUUGUUCACCCUCACUGAGAUUCGUCUUCUCUCUGAUUCAGACAAACCACCAGUGUGAAAUCGCCUCUUAGACGUUUAGUAAAGAUCAGUCUGCUUCAAACAGAGUUAGAAAUGGAGAAGUUCCGCCCCAGCUUACACUCACACCCCCGCACAUCUGCAUCAAGGGGAGGUGGCUGUUUCCAGCUGUCAGAAACUCACCCGGCACCUUGUCUGAAGCCGCCUGAGGCCUUAUAAAUAAUCAUGAAUGCUGAAUCAUCAUCUGGAGGCUGCUGCUGUGUCGUCGGCCCGGCUGCUUUGGGGGGGGGGGCAGCCUGAGUUCAAUCCUUUUCCCGUCAAGUCUCUUAAACCCGACCUGUGACACAUCAGACGCUGCGGUUCACCUGAGCUCAGCCACUCGAUGACAGAGCGGCUCCGGCUUCCUGAGCUGGAUUUAACAUGUGGAUGCAAAGUUUGGGGAUUUGCAGUUGUAAACAGAUUUAUUUCCUCACACUUUAAAAAAGAAUCUGCUUUGUUGUGAGUUUAAAUCCAAAGUUGUGCUCGUUAGAAUCCCUGCGCUGUGGAAAUGCAGAUUAUUUCCAUCAGGGACGCAGGGACGUGCAAAUCAACCAAUCAGCUGCUUGUGAUUUCCUAAUGAUCGGAAAUCGUGAUCUGUAGAUUUAGAUCAGAGUGACGUCCACUGACCAAACAACAUGUAAGUGUCAUGUAUGUGCAGUUACCAUAGCUUUAAUUCAGCUCAACGUGUUUAAACUGUGACUGUUUGAUUAAAGAAAGAAAAGUCCAAUUCGUUUUAAAAAACAACCGACUGAUCGUCACUUCAUUUAUUCAUUCGUUCGUUCAUUCAUUCCUAGAAGCCAAACAGACAGAAGCACUGGAAUGUCAACUAAAUACAGAAAACAACAUGAACCCACCACUGUCACUUUGAAUGAAAUAAAAAAUAUGAAACAUC